GACCCACGGACCGUCACGGAGCUGCGCGGUGUGACGGUGCGGCCGAAACUGCAGAGCUGCAGAGAGACAAGGGAUAUCGAGAAAGUUCGGAGACAGGAAAUAAGGCCGUCUGGAGCAGACCCCCCAACCAGAAACAUCCCCAGGUGCCACCCCGACUCGCCAGGAUGGGUCAGGGCGCCAGCCGGGACCGUAACCAGACAUGGGAGGUGGACGCCAUUUCUGACCACCAGCCAAAGGUCGGGCAGCACUGCAGCAUCAAUGUGAUGCAGCUCAGCGGAGACGCCUCCAUGCUCUUCACCGGAGGGGAGGAUAAGGUCGUCAGGAUCUGGGACAUCGUCAAAGAGGAGCCCAAGUGCCUCGGCAGGCUCAAGGGCCACACGGACUACAUCACGCAGCUGGCGGUGGUCGGCACCCACGUCAUCACCGGCAGUGCCGACAAGACCAUCCGCAAGUGGUCCAUGGUGGACGUCAGCUGCGAGUACGUCUACGAAGGUCACUCGCAGCGGAUCCAGCGGCUGAUCUGCACCCCCGAGUUCAUCCUCUCGUCGUCCACCGACAAGACGUGUAUGCUGUGGCGCAUGCACCUCCCCGAGGCCGGCAAGGAGCCCCGGGAGCGAGACAGGACCGACGACGACCCCCGGGACGAUAUGUGGAUCCGAACAUUCAGGGGUCACACGGGUACCGUGUACGCCCUCUGCUUCGUGCCGGGAGACGUUGACGAGGAGCCCUCCCAGCCCAACGGCCACGCCAAGGAGAACGGACACGGCGAGGGAGAGAAAGACGACGAAGAGGGCGAACAGAAGGUCGUUGAGGAAGAGGAUGAGGACGGUGUCCACCCGAGGGACAUCCUCAUCACGGGCUCGGCCGACGGCACCGCUCGCUCCUGGGCACUGGCUACUGGACAGCAGCUCAAGGUGUUCAAGGGUCACCGCGGAGCUGUGAUGCUGAUGGCGAUCGACAGCACGGGGAAGCUGCUCUACACCGCCGGAGACGACACCACAGUGCGCCGCUGGGACAUCCACAAGGGCGUCUGCACACUGGUGAUCUCCGGUCACGGUGAAUCGGUCUCGGCCAUGUUGCUGGUGAACCAGAUGCUGUACACCGGCUCUGCAGACACCAAGGCGCGUCGCUUCGUCACAGAGUUCGGCGACCUGACCAGAACCUACGGCUCCCACAGGGACACCGUCAACACGCUACGCUUCAGCGAGGGAAUCCUGUUCACCGGCUGCACGGACUCGGUGGCACGCGCGUUUGACGCCAACACCGGUCGCCUGCUGCGCUGCUACUCGGGUCACGAGGCGGCCAUCACGUGUAUGCAGGUGGCCAGGAAGCGACUCUACACCGGCAGCGACGACGGCAUCCUUCGCGUCUGGGACGCCGACGUGGCACCGGAGGACAGGAGCCAGAUCGAGGCCGAGACAAUGGGAGACACGGCCAAAACGGUGGACGACUCCGGUGCCGGCGCCCCUGCCGAAGGCCAGGACGAAAAGAAAGCUGCCGACGCUGCUGCCGAAUAGGCGCUGUAGUCAUCGCCUUCCCGGGAUGGAACGUCCUGAGCUCCAUCAACAAGUACAGCCGAGGAAGAAACUGAACAGAGGAAGUUGUAUGAUAUCUGACUGAACAGAGGAGUCAAACUUAGUCAGAGGAAAAUCUAUCAAGUAUCAUAUUCAUAUGUAACAGAGGAGCAGGAUAAGACUGUUAUAUCAAUGGACCGGACGUCGACUAAAGUAAAGUUGGAAAUUUUCCGCUAAACAUAGGAAGUCCGGGGAAAGGAUGCAAAAUAUUUGCAACAAAAAUAAAUAGACUGACAGUCUUCAUCCGGAAAACACGAAGCUGCAUGCAUUCACUUUGGCAUCAAGUCAACAAGCUUUUAGCCCCGAGGCCCAAUUCUGCGUUUUAUCAUCAGACAUAUGGGCCUUUGAAGAAGAAACGGUUUUUGUCGUACGAGUGGCGGUGAUAUCCUGCCAAUACGGUAGACAUGUUGACGUGUUGAGGUGGUCGUGUCAUCACUUGAAAGCUAGUCGCACCGCCCCAAACAGAGCUUUGCACAGCACAUGACGACCCGUACAACAAGUUACGCAGCUCUGGGAAUGCUUCAUCCGCUAAGCACUUCUGUCUGACAGCCUCAGAAGUCAUCGCUGCUGACUUAAGUUACAUGGAAAUUCAGUUGCAGCAGUUAUAACAUGCAUUUGCCGGGUUAAUAAAAGAUCAAUUGGC